UUGUCUUCUGGGAGACAGAUCUUUCAAAAGAAAAAACUUGAACCCCACCCCUAGGUUAGAUUCUAUCUAAAAACGAAAAAUAUAAGCUAUACUUAAACAUAUUCUCAUGUGUGGAAGGACAGCCGCCUGCUUACCACUUAUGUAACAACAUGACUGGUUAAGUUUUGUUCCGGUUUUUUUUUUUGUUCUUAUUGUAUUUCGUUAGAUAUGGUAAACUUGGCUUUGCUUCUCUGUGUUUUAGUUUUCCUUCUGAUCUUUCCAAUUCUGUCUUUUGAGCUGGAGCCCUGCGUCUAUGUUGGAUCUUUUUACUCGGCUGAAACUGUCACAGCCUGCGCGAUCACAUGCAUCUUCAUCGGGACUGCAGGAUCGGAGUCCCAGUCCGGCCGCAAGAUGUGCCAGGAGUAAACUGGCUGAGUAAAUAGAAAAUUGAACCAAAUGCACACAGUAAUUAUUUCAGUAGGCUAUUUUGCAUUAAUUCGACCGUGAAUAAUGCGACUGACAAAAGUCGACAAGCUCCCAAGAAAAUAGGAUUUGGUGCAGCGACCCGAAGGACCAUUCUGGCUGUUACCAGUUAACUCCCGGAAUGGACAACGACGAAGGCGGACGAUUUAAUACAAUUUACUGGGGAAAUGAAAGCGCUACUUUAUAUUUUGGGAUUACACCGCUGAACUGAUUUCAUUGUUUUUCUAACUGGAUUGUUUCGCGACAAUUAUGCAGCUCAAUUUACACGAGCGAUUUGAUAGAUGACAACUGUACUGGCUUGUCUUUUGGGCUCCGGACAUGUGCGGCUAAAUGCGGCGAGGCGUGGAGGUUAAACAGGAGCUUAAAAGUGGGUUAAUGUAAAACAAGUCGUUUGAGUCGCUAUGGAAGGAACGGUAACCGAUUGUUGUUAAUAUCCGCGAUCUGUCUACAAAAGUCGUUCUACUCUACUUUUCCCAACAAUGCGGGAUUGAUGAACCGCUUUCCUAUAUCAAUAGGACCCAGACUACUCGAACCAAUGCCGAUGUGCUUUGAGGGACUGAUCCUCUCGUAGGGGGAUACAAAGUGAGUUUGUAGCGUGGACACAAGCCCGUCCCCAGAAGAGUGAGGUACAGUAGCCGAAUGCCGCUCCCCACCCUGCUGCGAAGCCGGUCGCUGUCCGUCGCGAUAGUGGUGCUGAAAUCUGGAUGAUGCCUGGCCAGCGAAUACAAGACUGCCGUUCCUUACACAUAAACGAGGACAACGGUCGCUUUCUGCUGCUCGCCAUCCUGAUCGUGCUGUACCUGCUGUGCGGUGCCGCAGUCUUCUCCGCCAUCGAGAGACCCUCGGAGCUGCAAGCCCACGGCCGCUGGAAUCGGACGCUCUUCAACUUCAGCGAGACGUUCAACAUCAGCCUGGAGGAUCUCAACUCCUUUCUGAGGGAAUACGAAGCCGCGAUCGCCGCCGGGAUCCGGGCCGACACCAUAAGACCGCGAUGGGACUUUACUGGUGCAUUCUACUUUGUUGGAACUGUCGUAUCAACUAUCGGCUUCGGGAUGACCACUCCGGUGACGGUGGCAGGCAAGGUGUUCCUCAUCUUCUACGGCCUGCUGGGCUGCGCCGCCACCAUCCUGUUCUUUAACCUCUUCCUGGAGCGCAUCAUCACGCUGCUGGCUGUGGUGAUGAAGGCGGUGCGCGAGCGGAGGCUGCGUCACGGAGGCCUUCUGCCCCCAGGGCUGCGGCACGACUUCACUCACGGCUACUUGCCGGGCUGGAGGCCCUCUGUCUACCACGUGAUGCUGAUCCUGGGCCUGGGCGCUGCUGUGCUGUCCUGCUGUGCCUCAGCAAUGUAUACGCCCGUGGAAGGCUGGGCCUACCUGGACUCACUCUACUACUGCUUUGUCACCUUCAGCACCAUCGGAUUUGGUGACCUGGUCAGCAGCCAGCGGGAAGCCUACCAGCACCAGAGCCUGUACCGGCUGGCCAACUUCCUGUUUAUCCUGUCCGGCGUCUGCUGCAUCUACUCGCUCUUCAAUGUCAUCUCCAUUGUGAUCAAGCAGGUGCUGAACUGGAUGAUCCAGCGCAUGGGCUGCCUCUGCUGCCAGCGAUGCAAAAAGAACGGGGCUUUCCUGGGCCGCCGCAACGCCAUCCGGCCCGGUUCUCGCAUCCGGCGCGGACGCUUCGCCCGGCCGGCCAACUCCGAUGGCCCCUGUGACAGUGACACGGAAGGGCGGCGCCUCUCUGGCGAGAUGAUCUCCAUGCAUGACCUGACCGCCUCCAACAGAGUGUCGCUGGCCAUCAUGCAGAAGCAGCUCUCGGAAUCGGCCAACGGCUUCCCCAGGACCGUGUGCGGAAGCUCGCGGCAAAAUGGCUUCUCUGGGGGAGUUGGGGCCCUGGGCAUUAUGAACAAUCGGCUGGCGGAGACUAGCAACACCAGGACGUGAUGGGACAUCUCACAUGGCCGAAGCUGAAUCGCCUUCACGGACGUAGAGAGACAGAGAGAGAGGGGGAGAGGCAGUUUGACUUCUUCAUUGGAUGACCUUGAUGUUGCUGUGUUUUUUUUUUUUUUGGUGGGGGGAGUGGCAGUGUCAAACGGAGCAUGAUGGGGAGGGGGGGGGGUGGUGACAGAGUGGAGAGACUGAACGCAGCAGCGGAAGAGAGAGAAAGGAAAACAGAUGGAGAGUGCUACGGAAGACUAGGAGAACUAGAGGGCCUUGUGGCAGGACCCAGGCACUGGCGGGGGGGGGGGGGGCAGGCAGGCAGGCUGUAUGACUGCAGGGCUUUUCUGGAGACGGAGCUCCUCUGCAGGCCAGCAAGGCAGCCGGAUGAGGCUCCAUUAGCAUAGAACUCCUGACGUCCAUAGCUGAGCAGCCGAGAUGCGAAUCUCGCCUGCCCCCAUCGCCCUGGUUCGCUUGCACCCCUGCAGACCUCACCAUUACGCAUUUAGUGUAAGUCGCUCUGCUGCUUUCGGAGUUACCAACCCCAACCAUUGUAUAUAACCACCCCCUUCCUCCCUUGGUGUACAUACACAUCAGUUAUCCUUAUCGGUGCACCUCAACUAGACGAUUAGCAUCUAAAGUUAGGUUUCACUUUAUAUAUUUAGAGCAGAUAUCCCAGACUUGUUGUAUUCUGCACUGGUUAGAAUAAAAGAAGAAAAAAAACCUCAGGUAGACAAAAAAAAAAAUCAGGCUCAAUAUAGUUUCCUGCAUGCAGUGAUUGUAAAGCCAUACAACACAUAUAUAUGUAUAUAGCAGAACAUAAAUAUAUUUUUAUAAAUUUGUGGGCAAUUUAAAUGCAUAAUGAUGCCCAUUAUAUGUACAGACAGAGAAAACCUGAUGAGACUAUGAACAGGAUGAGCACUGUAUCAAUGGUCAGUCAGUAACAAGUAAGACAGCUUUCCUGUCUACAGACAGCUUUCCUGUAACUGACCAAUGCAGCAAAUCGGGAAAGGCACUGCUUACUGAUGUUACUCGUGCAAUGACUGGAGCUUAACUAACCAGCUAAAUGUCCUGGCCCGACCUAUAUUAAUAUAUGUUCAGUGUAUUCUGGCUCAGUUAAGGCUCCUAGCCAUUCUCUAGCAAAGCCUGCCUACCUCCCUCCUCACCAGGUAUCACUAAGUGCUCUGAUUUCUCAUGUCUCUAACUGAAAUGGAGUAAUCGGCUUGUUCAUAACCCCGCCCCACCCCUGCCUUAACCCCGCUAAUGGUCUUGCUGUGUUGCUCAGUCGCAGUCCUAGUUCUCCAUAACCCCUCGGUGUGGGGGGAACGAAAAAAAGCACGAGCGAAGCGGAACACGUGUCACGUGUACAUGAGCAUGCAGGCGUGUCAUUGCGACGCCGCAACGACGAGGCGCCGAAGACCGCGUGCAUGGACGUCUGAGGGGACGCCACAGCACCAGACAGACGCUGGCCUUCAGUUACAGCUGGAAAAGCACACUGGAGGAGAACGCUUUGGUCGCUUUUUUUUCAGUGACCGGUCGAUGCAUUACACUUGUACAAUUUUAAAAAGAACUGAAAGACUUUUUUAUAAACCUUCUGCAUGCAUGGCUUGAUCUUCAGCUGCCUUACAUUUUCUUUGCAAAUACAUAUAUAAAUAUAUACAUAUAAAGAAAUUGUGCAAAAUAUGAAAUAGGGUUUAUAGAUAGUUUUAUUCUGUACAGUAAUAUCCUUUUGCAUUUUGCAAAAUCUAUCUCCAUUGAUUACAAUGGAUGUUAUUGUCCUGAAUUCCUCUGUAUCCUCAGCUCUGGCAGUGAGGAGGGUUAGGAACGUGUUUGUCUUUGUAUGAGUGCAUCUGAGAGGUGAUGUCAUUUCCUCUUCCUCUCACUACGUCUUUUCUCACACAAUGCAGCAAUAUAAAAGCCAACUGUGUUCCAAUUAAAGUUAUGUAACCAAUGUAUAUACUGUUUUGAGUAUAUGAUAUUGUUGUGAACACGUUUGACUGGUUUGACUGGUGUGUAACGAACUGUCAUCUUUAUUAGAACGGAUUUUCAGCGGAUGCCGUGAUUGGCAGCUGUCAAAGCCACUAGCUCCCAGUAAGCAUUUAAUAAGCCAAUCACAUGUAGAGUAGCUGUAUACCAGUCAUUAUUGCAUCACCACAUUGUUACAUGUAGUCAAUUACAUGAAGCUUUUUACCAAAGCGUUUUACACUGAUUUUUAUAUUCUAGUCCUUCACUGGAGCAGCAGGACUUUGCCACUAUCCUACCUGAUGCCUGGAAGAAAGGAUUAGUACCGAGACUCAAUGGAGAUGUUUUUCAUUCUGGAUGCUUUUUCGGUCACCCAAAAAUAUUUUGAGUUUUCUUGUGGACAGGAUACAGUCCUGUUACAGUUUUGAGGCUGCAUACAUCUGCAGUUUCACUAGUAGUUUGAUUUUAAUCUGAAUUUAAGUUCUGAAAUUCACCUACAGUACAACAUUAGAAUACAAAGGUGUACGUUAAAUGAUUUUACUGGGUCACAAAUAGCUUGAUGUGCAAGUAACUCUUAGUUUUCCAUUGGAAAGGUUACCUAUAAGUUGAAGCUGCUGUUUAAUAGUAAACAAAUUGCUUUCCGCAGUUAUUCUAAAUAGGCAAAAAGCUAAAGAGUCAAAUCUGUUGAUCUGGAUGAUUAUAAAUGACUGUUUGUUAAGGGGUUUGCCUUUACAUCAAUCCAUGGAGAUUAUACCUGGCCAUACGUUUAUGGGCUGCUUAAAAUUUCCUGCAUGUUAUUUGGGGAAAAAGAGAGUUAAAGUACUAUAUAAGCUCAUUACAGCUCUGAAAUUAGCUGCAAAUGCAUAAACAUUGUUAUGAUGAUAACAAAUGUUUUUUUUUUUUUUGCUUGGUGCCCUUCAAAUUUUAUCUGAACAGUUGGAGGUGUCUGAAAAACAGCAGAAAGUACUUUGAAAAGUGAUGCUCAAUUUGUUUUUCCUUUUGUAAAAAAUAAUAAUAAAAAAACCACCAUUAUGAAAAGCACUUCACUUUCUAUCGUUUGCUCCAAGGUACCGUUGAGCACAAACAGAGGAUUGUCAGAAGACUCAGAAGCCCGUCCAAAGAUUACGUUUCUAGGGUUCAGCUUUAAUCCGUUUCCGGUCAGUGGUUCCUCUUCCCAGCCCCUCCCCCGCUAUGACAUCACCUCUCGGCAUGGCAUGACAGCAACUCAUUUUGCCUGCGUCGUGUUGUAUCAUUGAUUUAAUGAAUGCAAACUGAUUCUGGUUGCAAGUUGCACAUUUAUACCAAUGGAUUGUACUUUUAUAUUUAUGUGAUUUAAACUGAAACAAAGAAAUUAACCACUGAAAAAUAAAUUUAUUCUAA